GACUACUCGUGCACGCUAUAGUAAUCACUUUCAAGCUCUGGUGUAACCCCGGUUGUUCUUUGCGCAACUCAAGAUGCUUCCCAAACACUUCGCCAGACGCUCAUGAUACCGUUCCCGGCAUAGGACACUCGAAAUCGGCAAUACCGGGGAAACCCUGCAAUCAGUUGGCCUUGAGAGAGAAGGGGGCUGCAGCAGUCUCUCCGCCAAAGAUGCUCACAACAGCACCACGCCUACACAUCCGGCGCCCCUCGCCAACGACCACCGAGUUCACCGUCUCGACGCUCCCGCCACAGACGCUCCCGCUCCGCCUCCUCCUUGCCGUCGUGAACACCGCGCGCCUGCUCCUAGGCCUCCUGCUCCUGCUCCUCCUCUACGCAAAAUGGACGCUCUCGCCCUACACCACCGCCUCCCCGGCCACCGCCCCCGUCCGUCCCUCUGAGGCCGUGUCCCUCGACUUCGUUCUGUACCUGUUCCACCUAUCCCUUACGUCGCCGCCCGGCCGCUUCGCCGGCCGCCUGGCCUCCGCAACGCCCUUCUGGGCGCUGCUCCCCGCCAGCCUGUUCCUCCUGUACGCGACCGUCCAGCGCAUCCACGCCAGGGAGUCCCUGCUGGUGCUGAGGGGGCUCGGCAUCCAGACCUCGAGCUCGGGCGCGACGAUACUGGGCGGGCCCGCCACGCGGUUCAUCCCCACGGAGAAGAUCCAGGACGUGCUGAUCAACGAGGCGUUCCGCGGGUUUGAGGUUAGGUACUACCUCGUGGUCGUCGUCGAGGGCGAGGAGGAGGUCGUCGUCGUGUUCCCGAAGCUGCUGCCGAGACGGGACGUCGUGGAGAAGGUCUGGAGGGGCGUCAGGGGCUGCUUGUUUGAGGCGCGGCAGAGGAACAUGGGGAGGAAUGGGAAAUCAAAUACGUUGUGAGGUCGUAUCUCGAAAGAAAAGAAAGAAAGCGAUAAGAAAAUGCAUACUAGGAGUUUUGGAAUAUGAUACCCGGGAUUAGAUGAAUACAUCCACGAUUUAAUUGCUGCGCGCGGACUAUGGGCACAU